CUUCCAGCUCUUCAUCCCAGCUUGCAUCGUUACCAAUUCCACCUUCACUCGACCACUCCAACAAAACAUGGACAUCUCUCACCUCCUCCUACGCUUCUUCCUCCUCCUCCUCCUCCUCCUCCUCGCCUUCUCGCUCGACGAUGCUCCCCAUCACCAUUGCACUGAAGCUGCAGCAACAACUCUUCCUCCACCACCACCACCACCAUUCUCCUUCAAAUUCGACUUCUCCAACACCUACACCUACCGCCUAGAAGACCUCCGAUUCGAGGGCACGGCCGCCGUGCACGGCGCCACCGUCGACCUCACCUGCAACGUCGCCCAGUGCACGACGGGGCGCAUGUCCUACGGCCGCGCUGUGCCACUCUGGGACAGAGCCACCAACGAGGUGGCCAGCUUCGCCACCGAGUUCGCCUUCAAGAUCGUCACCCCGGACAACGUGGCCAGGGGAGACGGCAUGGCCUUCUUCCUCUCCAGCUACCCCUCACGCGUCCCCCCCAACCCCAGCGGCCAGAGCUUCGGCCUCAUCGCCGGCGACGCCGACCACGCCGGCGACGGCCCGGACCGGUUCAUCGCCGUCGAGUUCGACACAUACGAUGACACCUUCGAACGGCCGAGGCCGGCCGGAGACCACAUCGGCAUCGAUGUCAGCAGCGUCGCCGACUCGAUUAACACGACGAGCUUGAACUUCAGCAGGAACGGGGCCAUGAGGGCGUCCAUCACCUUCGACAAUGUCACCAGGAUGCUGGUCGCCACCGUGCAGUUUACUGAUCAGACUACUGCUUCGCGUGCUGCCCCUGUUCAGGUGAGUGCGAAACUUGGAGAUCCCAGGGCGUUGCUGCCAUCGGAGGUGGCCGUGGGAUUUUCUACGGCGAACGGCGCAACAUUCCAGCUCGAUCAGAUACUGUCAUGGUCGUUCAACUCCACUCUUGCGUCUCCACAUCCCGUAACCAAAGGUCAUCACAAAAAGAAAGGGGCAGCAGGAAAGUUUGCGAUUGUUGGAGCUCCCAUAUUUUUGCUUCUGGUGUGGUCUAUCCUAUCAUGGUGGAAAUGGAGAAGCUCAAGCCGCGACAUUGACAAGAGAACUGGAGGUGUUAGGCAGUUCAAGUACAACGAGUUGGCUGCUGCAACGAAUCAGUUCUCCUCUGAGAAUAGGCUGAUUGGAGCUGGUCCGUUCGGUGAAGGCUACAAGGGUUUCUUCAAGGAAAUGGGCCGUCAUGUUGCGAUUAAGAAGAUUUCGAAGGAGAGCAGAUCAGAAGGAAGUAAUAAGGACUUCUAUGACGAAGUGAAAACCAUCAGCAGUGCAAAGCACAAGAAUCUCGUUGAACUUGUCGGUUGGUGCGUGAAGCGUAGAUGGAACAUGUUUGAUUUCAUGUGCUGGUGUAGGGAGAAGGCCCAUACCAUUUUCUUGGUGUAUGAAUUUGUGGAUAACAGUAACCUCCGUGUUCACCUGCACGAGAAGGAGGCUGUGCUUCCAUGGACAACGAGGUAUAAAAUAGUGAAGGACAUUUGCGCAGCUCUGGUUCACCUCCACCAUGAAAGACGUCCAUUCGUCCUUCACAGAAAUAUCAAACCAAACAACAUACUCCUGGACAAAGAGUUCAACGCCAAGCUAGCAGACUUCGGGCUGUCCAGAACUGCUGACAAGGUAGGCAAGGCCAGAUACCUGGAUCCAGAAUGCAAAAAGACGGGAAAGUUCAAGCGCAGCUCGGAUGUCUACAGCUUUGGGAUUGUUCUGCUAGAGAUUGCGUGCAAGAAGGAUGAAAAUAGCUUUGCGAAAGUGUGGAGCCGGUAUCUAGAGAAGUCUCUGAUGCAGGUAGCUGAUGACAGGUUAAGAGGUGAGUUUGAUGAGAGGCAGAUGGAGCGUGUCAUCAUCUUGGGGUUAUGGUGUUGUCAGCCCAAUAUUGACAUGCGGCCUACCGUGCAACAAGCAAUGGAUUUCCUGGAGAGUGAUGGGCCAUUGCCUGAAUUGGCUGAACCGGAGACCUCCUCAAGUAAAAUUGGUAACUAAGAGUAGUAUUAGUCCUGCUCUACCAGCAGGAUCAGGCGAAGAACUGCUGGACUUAGUUAAUAAAUGCUUGGAUUAAUACGAGCAUAAUUUUUUAUUGUUGUGAUUCCUGCAAGUUAUUGUAUCUUCUACAUCCAUUUAUGUUUCUAAUCAGUUGUGUCAUUGCCUACUUCGCUUUGAGAUUUGGAUAGAUAGCAGCAUUUUGGGUAAACUAUGA